GAGGGUCCGACAUCGCUUCGGACCUUCGGUUUCGGCUUCCGUAGUCUAAACCCGAUCGAGAACCAAAAUACUCUCAGCUUGCCUCUCGCUUCCACACGUCACGUCCUCUUAGCUUUUUCCCUUUGGCUGAUACUGAUGACCCUGCGGGCGCGGACCCACCGCGUCCAGCCUUCGUUUCCUCUUGGCCGGUUUUCUUACUCGGGUGCAAUCAGAACGACGGGCCCGAGAGGUUACAUAUCUAGCACUGAAAGAACUGGAUUGGGUUGGAUUGGGAUCUGAAUCUGAUUGCGCGCCGCCACCGCGUCGUACUUCCCUGGCCAUCACGUUGACCCGCUCGCUCCGCUGUGCGCUUACACAAUGCUGGAGUUUUUGCUCGUCCGACUCACCGCCCUCGCCCGCCUGUUGCCACUAAUGCUAGUCCCUGACUCCGCAGCCUACUCUGCACACGCCGCCGCGUGUCUCGCCCUCGGCACGCGCGCAGACCUCAACCUGACGUUCUCCACGACGAUAUCGAGCGCGACGUAUCUGCGCGCAGGCUCCCGCGUCAAACCGCAAGGCACCUGCCUUGGACCCACAGAUCGGGUGCGCGUCAGCGCGGACGUGUGUCGGGUCCAGUUCGUCGUGCACACGACGAACGUCUCUGCGGUGACAGCGGAGACGUGGCUGCCCCGUCCAGAUCAGUGGGAGGGCCGAUUUCUGGCACUGGGGAAUUCGGGAAUCGGUGGAUGCAUCGACUAUGACCGACUCCAAUACGGCGCGUCGCUGCAAUUUGCCACUGUUGGAUCAAACAACGGACACGAUGGGAACGACGGACGCGUUUUCCUCGACGCACCCGAAGUAUUGACCGAUUUCGCCUCUCGGUCGGUGCACGUAUCGACUGUGAUUUCCAAGCAACUUCUAUCGGCGUAUUACACCCGGCCGCACUCAAAGUCCUACUAUCUCGGCUGCUCUACCGGCGGCCGGCAGGGGACCUAUGCUGCGCUGCACCACCCGGACGACUUUGACGGAAUCGUUGCUGGCGCCCCGGCGACGGACAACAACCAUCUCGUGCACUGGGUCGGGAUGCUCACGAGGUGGGCGGGGGCUCCAGACGGGCCCGCCUCCCCAGCGUUCAUCUCUACCGAGCAAUGGGGCGCCGUGACAGCUGAGAUCAUGAGGCAGUGUGACGCCUUGGAUGGCGUGGUGGAUGGCAUCGUGACCGAGCCGGAUGCGUGCAGAUUCAGGCCUGAGGCUCUACUGUGCAGUGACGGCAACAGCAAUUGUUUGUCCCUGGAGCAGGUCAAAGUGCUGCGCAAGAUCUAUGCGCCACUGUACGCCGAUGACGAGCUCGUUUAUCCCCGAUUCGAUCCCGGUGCAGAGGCAAGUCCGCUCGUGCGAUGGGUUUUCAAUGGCGACUUCUUCAUCUUCACCGAGCACUGGUUCAAGUACACGGUCGCAAAUACCACCGAAUACGACUUUCACAAGUAUGGCCGCAAGGAACUGGAUCUCAUGGAUGCUGUGAAUCCGGGCGGGAUAUCGACUUUUGAGGGCGACUUUUCUGCGUUCCGAGAUAGGGGCGGCAAGUUUCUGACGUACCACGGUCGCAUGGAUCCUCUCAUCGCAUCAGGCAACUCGAAACGGAUGUACGACCUGAUCGCACAGACGAUGUCUAUGUCCUCUCUGGAUUCGUUCUACCGACUGUUUCUCGUUCCGGGCAUGGACCACUGCGAAGGCGGCACACCCAACGCCGCGUCCCGCUUCGGGCAGGGGGGCCUCGCGUCCAAUGCAAAGAACGACGCAAGGCACAAUGUCCUCUGGGCGGUCGUCGAUUGGGUCGAGAACGGCGUUGCGCCAGACAUAAUCACGGGCACGACACCCGACGGACAGGCUGAACGAGAUCACUGCCGCUAUCCACAAAGAAGUGUGUGGGAUGGACAGGUCUUCCGCUGCGAGUGACGAGUUUUUUCUGGGAGGCGUGGAUCAUGGACGGAUUUCGAUCUUCUCAGCGGUCAUACUUUUCAUUAUUUACUAUCAUCCAUCGCCGUUUCUUUGAAAUACUUUCUAAUUGGGCGUGCGAUACUUUUGCCGUAUCACGUGAUCGACAUGGGGGGAUCCAAUU